UUUUCCAGGUAUCAUCAUGAUGCUGCAUAACAACUCAACGAAUAAUAUGACUACAGGAUGGUGCCCGGAAGUGUGCGACAAAUGGAAAUGCUGGCCUUCUACUCAACCUGGAACUAAUGCAACAAUGGGAUGUCCCAAAAUCGAAGGAACUUUGGAAAAUGCGAAGGCUUACAAAUACUGCGACUUGACGGGAUCGUGGGAAACAAGGAAUAGCACAAACGGAACGUAUGAUUAUACACAUUACGAAAAUUGUAUAUUGCCACAAAUACAAGAAUUGGCGAAGAUGUGUGACAAAUUUGGAGAAACAACUUGUAGUCAGAUAGGAAAAAUUACGAGGUGUAUAGAAAUGGUUGGCCUCUCCUUCUCCUUUGUAUCAUUAGUGAUAUCAUUGUACAUAUUUUUCUCAUAUAGGGUAUUGAAAAACAACAGAACGAAAAUACACAAGAACUUAUUCAUUGCAACUCUGCUGCAAGUUAUCUUCAGGCUGAUAAAAUACAUAGAUCAAGGACUUGAUCCGACCAAUAAAUUCAUACACAAGCUUUAUCUCAACGAAACCUGCAUUUGUCUUCUCGAGUACACCAAAACGGCAAUGUUCAUGUGGAUGUUCAUCGAAGGCCUUUACCUGCACAACAUGAUAACAGUAACAGUCUUCCAGGAGUACACGUACAUUAAAAUUUACUGCUACAUAGGAUGGAUUGUUCCUGGAUUGAUGACAGCUGCCUGGCUGAUUUUCAUGUUGGUGAAAGAAGCAAAAACAACAUGGGAAUAUUACUACUUUCUGAAUUAUUAUUGGAUUCUUGAAGGACCUCGGUCAACCGUCAUUGUGGUGAAUCUCCUAUUUCUACUGAAUAUCAUAAGAGUUUUGAUUGUGAAACUUAGGGAAAGUCAGACAAGCGAAUUAGAGCAAGUUAGAAAAGCCGUACGAGCAGCAAUUUUCCUACUUCCACUCAUGGGAAUAUCGCACAUUUUGUUUUUCUACUACAAGUUCAACGAAGCAUGGAAGUUUGCCCUUUGGUCGUUUACCUCUUACUUUUUGGGAACAUUCCAAGGCUUCUUCGUCGCUAUACUUUAUUGUUUCCUAAAUGGAGAGGUACAGACUGCCAUCAAGAACAGUUUCUACCUUCAUAUGUCAUUAAGGAAUUACGAUUAUACUCCCUGCAGAAAUUUUACAUUGAUUUCAAUAACAGCGGAUGAUGGAAAUGUACAAAAUGGAAAAGCAUCGAAAUGGAUUCGUUGUUGUAAACAAGCCCCUCCUUCACCUGAAGAAAAGGAAAUAAGUACAUCCCGGAGUAAUUGGUCUUCCAAACACACCGUAGAAGAAACAGAUACGUCACUGAUGGAAGUUAAGGACACAACGGAAUAAUUUCGUUUUACAAGAUAUAGAUAUGGAUAAGAUAUAUACAAGAUAUAGUGAGAUAUUUUGUUUUUCGAGUGACUGUUAAUAUUAUUUCUGAUAAUAAAACCAUAUGAUUGAUA